AUGACUUAUGAUGACUUUAUUUUGUUAGGUUCCAUAGUUCGUAAGAAAAUUGUAUUGGAUGGUCCUACUGGUUUGUGGGAUACUCCGGUGCAGGCAGCAAACAGUCUGCAGGAUUUCUUGAGGUACAAGGCCUGCUUGAAAAAGUUGAAGUGCAAUACCCUUGAUCCCAUUCUAUUGGGAGAGGGUGCUGGUGUUGGAUGGCUAAAGGGUAUUGACAAAAUGAAAAUUUCUGAAGGUUCUACACUGUAUGAUCUUGUUCAAGCAGGAGUCAAUAACUCACAUGCUGCUGUUGGAGUGGUAGUUCGUUUGAGGAAGGAAUUGUCAGAUGUGAAAGAUAUUCCCGUUCUUAUUGCCAUUGAUCAAUAUAACAGUUGGUUUACAUUUAGUGAGUAUGAGGAGCCAGUAACAGUUCGUUCCUGCCAACCCGUUCAUGCUAGAGAACUUGCAACUGUGGGUGCCUUUUCUCAUUCAACUGCCGUAGGGAAACUUCGUCAAGAAUUACCAUUUGUUCCCACUGAUGCUCGCAUCAAUUUUCCUCGGUACAAUUUGGAUGAAGCUGCUUCUGUUUGCCAUUACUAUCUAAGGUGUUCGAUCCCAUUUAAAGUUCCUCGGACUGUUGCAAUCUUGCAAUCUCCACUAGUCUUGGGGUUGCAUGUUUGGAAAUUUUUAACAGAAGGGAUAUAUAGCACUGACCAUGAAUUUUCACCUCCCUCUAAAUUGAAAUUUACAAAGGUCUUAGCUACUCUAGAUGCCAGGCGAAGACUAGUAAGCCAUGAUGCAUUUUCAGAGGAAAACUGGAAGAAGAUAUACUAUUUAUCCAACGGAAAUGGAAUGGAGAUGAGAUACUUGGUUCCUUUCAUGCGAGGUGGUGGGGGUGGAUAUGGUGACGGUGGUGGUGCCUUUUUUAUUGUUGGUGGCAAUGGACAGUGA